UUAAAUCUUUGUCUCUCUAUCUCUCGAUCGAUUCGAUAUGGAGCGAAAGCAAAAUAUCGCGUGAGCCCUCUCUAUUAGUGACGUGUUAAGCCAUGGAACCUAGCGGCGUUUCUGCUUUCCGUCACGGUAAGUCUCCUUCGUCGGAGCGUUUUCUUGAACUAUUCUCUCAGCCUCCAUCGGAAAAUUCCAAUGGGGAUGUCACCGGCGCUGGUGACGAGCUCGACGAAGACGACGUGUUCUGGACCGGCGACUUUUCUGAACCGAAGCAGAAGCAUCAGUUUGACCCUCCGUCCACCAUUACGGUUCACCGGAACAACCUAAACUCGAUGGGUUUCCGGAUACCGGAUAACUUCGGCAUCCUCGCGGCAUUGCCGGAGGACGACAAGAAACGGACGGUCGGGGACCGUCAAUUUUUGUACCGAAAAGCUUCAGUUUCUACUUCUCCUUCUUCGUCGUCGUCAUCAACUUCAUCGUCUUCGCGGAUGAUUCCGACAAUCCCAAAACCUCCUCAAAGUCUUAUGGAGAGAGAGCGUUCGAUGUCAGUACCUGCAGGAAAGUUCCAUCAGUCGGCUCCGAUGAACGUUCCUGUGAUGCCGAAGUGGGCAGCCAGUGGAAGAAAUCGAGCUGUUUUGGCGGAGGACGAUGAUAAGGGAGAGGAUGAAAUGCUCCCGCCUCAUGAGAUUGUUGCCAGAGGUUCCGCUAGAUCGUCGGCGACGACCUUUUCGGUUCUUGAAGGCGUUGGACGAACUUUGAAGGGAAGAGAUCUGCGUCAGGUUCGAAAUGCUGUGUGGCGUAAAACAGGUUUUCUUGAUUGAGGAUUGAAUUUUUGAUUCCUAUUUCUUUCUCCGUCCCUGUAAUCCUGUUGGUGACUUUUUUUUAGCGUCCCAUGUUUCAACCUGGAAGUGUUUUCCUUUCUUUCUCAUCGUGAUCGAGGGCAUAUAGUUUGAAUCAGAAUAAAGUGAAUCGCAUUUUACAAUUAUAUGGACAUGA